UAAUUUGUACACAAAGUAUAGGAAAAAUUAUUUGAUUUCAAAAAAUAUGGUGGUUAUUUGUCUAUUAAAGGUUAAUACAGGCAAUAUUGGAUAGUUGAUAAUCUAGUUUAUUAUCUUUAUCUGUGUGUUCAAACUACUGAAUUUUUAGUGGAAUAAUUUUAUCAGCUAUUAUCAAUAUGCAACAUAUUAUCGUCUAUCUAAAUUUAUACAACUUAGACAAAUUUUCACCAAUAUUAGUAAUACAAAUAAUUAAAUAAAGAUAUUCAUGUUAUUUUGAGUCUAUUUUAAUAAAUCUCAAAAAUGAAUGAUCGGCCAGAUAUACAUAAAAAAUUAUCAAACCUUGCAAAUAAAAAAAAAGUUUUUACUCCCAAUCUUGGAUACAAAAGAAUUGCAGCUAAAGAUUCAGAAUCGAAUGCAAAUGUUGAAGUUAAAGUGGAAAAUGAUGGUAAUAUGCAAUCAUCAACCCAGAAACAAAAAAAAGUUAAAGAAAGAUCUACUACACAAAUUCAAAGUGUAUUUUCGAACAUGAGCUCAAAUAGCCAUUCUAGAUCUGGUUCUUCCCAUUCUGGACUAACAGCUGGUUUCAGAUCAUACUCUAAUCAUGGUGAUUUCAAUAGUAAAGGAACUUUUGUGAAAGCUGAGUCUAAUCAAUGUAUUCAACAAAUGCAGCUUAUUCAAAAUGAUAGAUUUGAUGUUGAUGAUCCUCUUGAAAAUAAUCAUGGACCUAUUCGAUUCCCAUUUGUUAAAAAAGAAAAAAAAACAUCUGUUAUAAAAACAGAAAAUAGUCUAGAGUACCCAUUUCAGGAAACAGUUUAUCCUUCUUUAAGCGAACUUGUUGUUCCUGAAUCGUUGUCACUUUUGCAGUUUUAUGACAGUUCAUUUAGUGUUCGACCUAAAGUAGUAAAUAUUGAUUUAACUGGAAAUACUACUAAUAAUUUGGAAAACUCAGUUAAAAACGAAGCAGCUAUAAUACCUGAGUCUAAUGGACUUAUUAAAGAAGAGAAUAUGGAUAUGGAAUAUAGUUCUCGGCCUAUAGGAAAAGUGCAAUUCUAUAGAUCUGGGAGAGUCAUUUUAAAUUUAAAUGGGAAAAUAUAUGAGUUAAUGAAAGCUAAUGAAGAAAGACAUCAUAAGGAAUUAUUUAGUCUUACAAAAGAAGUUGAAACUAAUAAGCCAGAAAAAUUAGUAAGCUUAGGAACAUUACCAUUGAGGUUGAAAGCUGUGAUGGAUAUUAAUAAUAUUAUUGAUAAUUUUUCAAUUAAUGAAAUUUAAUAAUGUAAAAUUAAUAGAAUAAAAAUAUUUAACUUUUAA